CUGCGUGCCCGGUCCACGUGAGGGAGGCGGGGGAACCUGCCCGGCCGGUAGGUCGCGAUCGCUGCAGCCGGUCCCAGGAGGCAGACAGAUCCUCAGGGAUCCCCCUUACCUGCCUCUCCCUAGGUGCCCCGAGUCCCCGGGAUCUGGCCGGAGCAGCGGAUCCCUGUGCGGUCAGGGCGGCGAUGGAGGGCACCCGGGAUAACCCCGCUGCCCCCGGGUCUGCAGGGGCGUCGCCUCCCGAGGACGCGGAGGGGCCCCCCCGGCCCCUGGAGGCGGCCCCCACGAAGCUCUGCGGGUAUCUGAGCAAGUUCGGCGGCAAAGGGCCCCUGCGAGGCUGGAAGUCCCGCUGGUUCUGCUACGACGAGAAGAAAUGUCACCUGUACUACUCGCGCACCGCGCAGGACGCCAACCCCCUGGACAGCAUCGACCUGGCCUGCGCGGCCUUCGACUGCAAGGCGGAUGCGGAGGAAGGGACCUUCGAGAUCAAGACCCCCAGCAGGGUCAUCACCCUGAAGGCCGCCGACAAGCAAGUGAUGCUGUACUGGCUGCAGCAGCUGCAGAUGAGACGCUGGGAGUUCCACAGCAGCCCGCCCGCUCCACCAGAAGCUGCCCUGACAGGGAACGGGCCCGCCCUGCGCCUUGAGCUAGAGCAAGAGGAGGCAGAGCCGGAAUUCCUGCACCCGGUGAAAACGCCUGCUGGGCAGGUGGGCCUGGAAGCUGCCUUGAGACCAGUCCCCGCCCUGCCCUUGGCUCUUCAGAACAUUUCCCUCAAGCACCUGGGAACUGAAAUACAAAACACAGUGCACAGCUUCCGGGGCAACAGGCAGGCCCAGGGAACUGGCCAGGGACUUCCUGGAGAAGAGGCUCCCCUCAGCGGGGAGCCCCAGAGGGAGGAGCAACCUUCGCCCCAUGAGCCCAGCACCCCAGGAAAAGAUCCAGCAGAUAUGCUGAAGUCUAUACCCAAGUCCUCUCUGACCAACAGACUGACUCAGAAAGACAAACGCCACAACAACACCUUCCCAUUCUUUCCGGAUGGACUCAUGCGGAGCCGAACUGCCCAGGAGAAAGUGUUGUCCCUGGAGCAGCAGGUCCUGACACUUAGCAAGGAGUUACAGUCUCAGAAGGACUUGGUGAAGAUCCUGCACAAGGCCCUGGAGGCAGCCCAGCAGGAGAAGAGGGCGUCCAGCGCUUACCUGGCGGCCGCCGAGGACAGGGACCGGCUGGAGCUGGUGCGGCACAAAGUGCGGCAGAUCGCGGACCUGGGCCGGCGCGUGGAGGCCCUGGAGCAGGAGCGGGAGAGCCUGGUGCAGGCGGCCAACCUGCAGCAGCAGGAGCUGCAGGAACUGCAGCAGCACGUGCAGCUGCUCAUGGACAAGAACCAGGCCAAGCAGCAAGUCAUCUGCAAGCUCUCGGAGAAGGUCACCCAGGACUUCAUGCAGCCCCCCGGCAGAGACUUCCUGAGCCAGCAGGAGAAGAUAGAGCACCUGAAGGAUGACAUGGAAGCGUACAAAACCCAGAACCGCUUUCUGAACUCCGAGAUCCACCAGGUCACGAAAAUCUGGAGGAAGGUGGCCGAGAAGGAGAAAACCCUCCUGAUGAAGUGUGCCUACCUCCAAGCCAGGAACUGCCAGGUAGAGAGCAAGUACCUGGCCGGGCUGCGGAGGCUGCAGGAGGCCAUGGGGCCAGGGGCCGGCGAGUGCUCGGAGCUGCUGAGGCAGCUGGUCCAGGAGGCGCUGCAGUGGGAAGCGGGGGAGGCUGCGGCCGACAGUGUCCAGCUCAGCCCCAUCAGUGAAUAUGACGAGUACGGUUUCCUGACGGUGCCCGACUACGAUAUGGCGGACCUGAAGCUACUGGCCAAGAUCCAGGCCCUGGAGGUGCACUCCCGCAACCUGCUGGACCAGGAGGCCGGUGAGCGGCCCCUGCGGGAGCGCUGGACAGCCCUGGAGGAGCUGAGCCCCUCUGCCGAACUCAAGCAGCUGCUGCGGGCGGGCGUGCCCCCGGAGCAGCGGCCGCGGGUCUGGAGGUGGCUGGUGCGCCACCGUGUCCAGCGCCUGUACUCCCCCGACCGCUACCAGGAGCUGCUGGCCCGGGGCCUGACCUGCGAACACCCCGCCGCCCGCCAGAUCGAGCUGGACUUGCACCGCACCUUCCCCAACAACAAGCACUUCACCUGCCCAACCUCCACUUUCCCGGACAAGCUUCGCCGGGUGCUGCUGGCCUUCUCCUGGCAGAACCCCACCAUCGGCUACUGUCAGGGCCUGAACAGGCUUGCGGCCAUCUCUCUGCUGGUCCUGGAUGAAGAGGAGAGUGCCUUCUGGUGCCUCGUGGCCAUCGUGGAGACCAUCUUGCCAGCUGACUACUACAGCAAGACACUGACAGCUUCCCAGGUGGACCAGCGGGUGCUCCUGGACCUGCUCGAGGAGAAGCUGCCCCGGCUGAUGGCCCACCUGGGGCAGCACCGUGUGGACCUCUCCGUCGUCACCUUCAAUUGGUUCCUCGUGGUCUUUGCAGACAGCCUCAUCAGCAGCAUCCUCCUGCGGGUCUGGGACGCCUUCCUGUAUGAGGGCACCAAGGUGGUGUUCCGCUAUGCCCUGGCCAUCUUCAAGUACAAUGAGGAGGCCAUCCUGAGACUGCAGGACAGCCUGGAGAUCUACCAGUACAUGCGCUUCUUCACCAAGACCAUUGGCGACACCCGGAAGCUGACCAGCAUCGCCUUCAGCGACAUGAACCCCUUUUCUAUGAAGCAGCUGCGGCAGCUGCGGGCGGUGCACCGAGAGCGGCUAGAGGCUGAGCUGCGGGAGCUGGAGCGGUUCAAGGCCGAGUACUUAGAGACUCGGGUGUGCCAGGGCCCAGCAGUGCCCGAGGGCUGCGCCAGUGAGGACGAGGGCGAGGCCUGACCCGGCCACCCAGGGCUCCUCCCCAAGUCCCCUCUCUGAGCCUCGGGAACCCGGUGAGGACACAGGACGCUGUCUGCUGUGAAACCAUCGACGGCCUCCAUCCCGGUGACCUAGGGACGCUGUCCCUUCUGCUCUCCUCCACGGAGCAGGUUGGCACAGGCAAGAGCACAGUGCCAGGAGAGGAACCUCGACCGCCCGCUGUGUUUUAUUUGUGUAAAGCGGUGUAAACAGUGGAAGUAGUGGAAACAAAAAGCUUCGGGUUUUGUUGUU